GACGCGACCCGCCCGCCGGCGAGCGGACCCCGACGGUGUGAUGGACAGGUAGCAGCAGUUUUCUCUCUGCUACCAGGAAAUCAGAAUGACUGAGUGCUUCCUGCCUCCCACGAGCAGCCCCAGCGAACACCGGCGGGUAGAGCACAGUGGGGGUCUUGCUCGUACGCCCAGCUCUGAAGAAAUCAGCCCCACCAAAUUCCCGGGGUUGUACCGCACUGGUGAACCCUCGCCACCGCAUGACAGCUUGCAUGAGCCUCCAGAUAUCGUGUCUGAUGAUGAGAAGGAGCACGGGAAGAAGAAAGGAAAAUUUAAGAAAAAGGAAAAGAGAACGGAAGGCUACGCUGCCUUUCAAGAGGACAGCUCGGGGGAUGAAGCUGAAAGUCCUUCCAAGCUGAAGCGGUCCAAGGGCAUACACGUCUUCAAGAAACCCAGCUUUUCCAAGAAAAAGGAGAAGGAUUUUAAAAUCAAAGAGAAACCCAAAGAUGAAAAACACAAGGAAGACAAACACAAAGAGAAGAAGUCGAAAGACUUGACUGCCGCGGACGUGGUGAAACAGUGGAAAGAGAAGAAGAAAAAGAAGAAGCCGCUGCAGGAGGCGGAGGCGCCCGCGGCGGACGUGCCGCGGCACCGGCCCGUGUUCGGCGUCCCGCUGCCCGACGCGGCCGACAGGACCAUGAUGUGCGACGGCAUCCGCCUGCCCGCCGUCUUCCGCGAGUGCGUGGAUUACGUCGAGAAGUACGGCAUGAAGUGCGAGGGCAUCUACAGAGUGUCAGGUAUAAAGUCAAAAGUUGAUGAGCUAAAGGCCGCCUACGACCGAGAGGAAUCUCCCAACCUGGAAGAAUACGAGCCCAACACAGUGGCCAGCUUGCUGAAGCAGUACCUCCGAGAGCUGCCCGAAAACCUGCUAACCAAAGAGCUCAUGCCCCGCUUCGAGGACGCCUGCGCAAAGAGCACAGAGGCCGAGAAGGUGCAGGAGUGCCAGAGGCUGCUCAAGGAGUUGCCCGAGUGCAACCAUCUCCUCAUUUCCUGGUUGAUCGUGCACAUGGAUCACGUUAUUGCAAAAGAACUGGAAACCAAAAUGAACAUCCAGAAUAUCUCCAUCGUGCUCAGCCCCACUGUCCAGAUCAGCAACCGGGUCCUGUACGUGUUCUUUACACACGUCCAAGAGUUCUUCGGGGACGUCUCCCUAAAGCCAGUGACGAAGCCUCUGCGCUGGUCCAACAUGGCCACGAUGCCGGCGCUUCCCGAGACGCAGGAGAGCAUCAAAGAGGAAAUCAGGCGGCAGGAGUUCCUGCUGAACUGUUUACACCGGGACUUGCAGGCGGGGAUAAAAGACUUAUCCAAAGAGGAGAGACUCUGGGAGGUGCAAAGAAUUUUAACAGCUCUUAAAAGGAAAUUAAGAGAAGCCAAGAGACAGGAGUGUGAAACAAAGAUCGCCCAGGAGAUCGCCAGCCUUUCCAAGGAGGAUGUCUCCAAAGAGGAGAUGAACGAGAAUGAGGAAGUUAUAAAUAUUCUGCUUGCACAGGAGAAUGAGAUCUUAACAGAGCAGGAAGAGCUGCUGGCCAUGGAGCAGUUUCUGCGGCGGCAGAUCGCCUCGGAGAAGGAGGAAAUAGAGCGGCUGCGCGCGGAGAUCGCCGAAAUCCAAAGCCGCCAGCAGCACGGGCGCAGCGAGACGGAGGAGUAUUCGUCUGAGAGCGAAAGCGAGAGUGAAGAUGAGGAGGAGCUGCAGGUCAUCCUGGAGGAUCUGCAGCGGCAGAACGAGGAGCUGGAGAUCAAGAACAACCACCUGACGCAGGCGAUCCACGAGGAGCGCGAGGCCAUCAUCGAGCUGCGCGUGCAGCUGCGCCUGCUGCAGCGCGCCAAGGCCGAGCAGCAGGACGACGAGGAGCCCGACAAGCGCCCGCCCGGCGCCCCGCAGCCCCGCGACGCCGCCCUCGAGCCCAAAGCAGCCAAAGAGCAGCCCAAGGCGGGCAAGGAGCAGCCGGUGAAGCCAUCGCCAAGCAAGGAGAGGAAGGAGACUCCCAUCUGACCCACCGGGCUCCGGGGCAGCUGUAGAACCAACCGGACUGUGCAAAUUACUGUAAUUCUCCAACUGCACACGUGAUUGCUGGCUGUGUACAUUGUGUAAAGAAACUUCUCUUUUAAGCCCUGGRGAGGUCUCUCUCCAAAGGUCUCUCGUACUUGUGGCUUCUGCUCAUCUGACUCAGGUGAGGUUGGAGAGGCCAGAAGAGUUUUCCAGCUAGUAUCAGUUAUUUCAAGACUGGUUUCCUUCAGGUGAUUAAAACAAUUCCAUAGCAGUUUUCUUUUAAACCAAAACCAUUAUUUGCAUUCACUGGAGCAGAUUUGGAAGAUCCCAUUUUCAGCAAAUAAACCAGCCCCCAGCCUCCCCUUACUAACGAUUUGCCUUGUGACUCUCUUCAUUCUYCCUCACACCAUUUCUGCUUAUGUAGUCACUUCUUGCUUGUGCCUUCGAUACCUUUCUGACGCAGAGUCGAUCCGCGGGAGCCUUCCCUUGCUUUGGCUCCGGCUCCAGGGGCGGGAGGCCGUGGGGCAGAGCGGCGCAGGGGGCUCCCUGGCACCCCCUCUUAGCAGGGCCGCCCCCGGGGCUGCUGCUCCCCAGCUCUGCCCCCGAGCACCGGCCCCAGGCGCCCGCGGCGCUCGGAAAGCAGGCAGGUGGUGCUUUGGAGCAAGCGGAGCCUCCACGCCGGUGGCUCUUAGGGGCCACCUCCUGGCUCCGGGACAGCCCUGAGCCUUGUCACCCGCCCUGGCUCCCGGGAGCAACGCGGCAGCGUGCAGACAGGCUACCSUAUUUUUCAAUCGGGAUAUUUAUUUUUCAGCACCUGUUGGAUGUGGUCGUAUUCCUUAUCUAUCUAUUGCACUGUUGUGAAUCAUUGGCCAUGAUUUGAUUUUGUACAAAUGAUGCUUUGAUAUGUUAGAGAAAACAGCAUAGUAUUUUUUUAAAAUUUGGAAAAAAAAAGUUUAUAAAGACAGAAAAUGUGAUCAGAUGACAAAUGUAAAGCAUUCUCCCAUGCCUUCGUUACAAACAUUUUAUAUUUGCUGGCAAUAUUUAAACUUUUUUUUUUGUUUAAUUCACACUAAUUCCUAUCAAMUUGUCAUGGAUUUUUCUAAUGUUCUUCAAACAAAUCUCUUACUCUUGGUUAACUUUUAUUUUGUUAGGAUUG